AUGCCCCCCGCCCUCACAACACGCCACCGCCGCCUUGCUCUACGAAAUCAGGCGCCCGUCGGCGCCGCCGGCCGCGCGCCGCGCGCCCCCCUGCGCCGCUGCGCGCGCCACGUGUCCGCGACCGGCAGCAACAACAGCACCUCGGCUGAGGCGCCGGCGCAGAGCAAUGUUCCGGGGAUCGAGCUGCUGGCGUGGCUCAAGCGCCAGGGCGCGCAGCAGGACAAGGUGACGAUCCGCACGCUGGAAGUGGCGUCUGCGGGGCGGCCCCUUGACGUGACCGUGGCGGCGCAGCCCCUGGCGGCGGGGGAGGUGGCGCUGAGCAUUCCCGACGAGCUGGUGGUGACCGUCGACCGCAUCGUGCAGAGCGAGACGCUCGCCGAGAUGCUCACUGCCGGGAAGCUGUCUGAGCUGGCGGUGCUGACGCUGUACCUUAUGUACGAGAAGAAGAUCUCCAAGGAGUCUGAGUGGUACCACUUCAUCAAGGAGCUGGACAGGCAGAGGGCGCGCGGGGUGCAG